AUGCAUCUCAGCUCCACACUUGCCGCAGCAGCGCUCGUUGCAAGCGCGACUGCCAACCCACUGGAAGAGAGGCAGUCUUGCCCAGCGAUCCACAUCUUCGGUGCGAGAGAGACCACAGCUCCCGCUGGAUAUGGUACUGCAGGCGUUUUCGUCAACCUGAUUCUGAAGGCAUAUCCUGGAUCCACCGCAGAAGCCAUCGUCUAUCCUGCUAUCGGAGACUCCCAGUAUGGCGCUUCAGUUCGCGCUGGUACACAGAACAUUGCGAAUCAAAUCAACAGCUUCAACUCCAGGUGCCCCAACUCGAAGCUCGUUGUUGUAGGAUAUUCGCAGGGUGCUCAGAUUGGCGACAACGCCCUUUGUGGCGGUGGUGAUCCGAACCAGGGCAUAACCGACACCAAAGUCUUGGUGACUUCUGCAGCUGCCAAUGCCAUUAAGGCUGUGAUCUGGGCGGGCAACCCUCGAAACUCUCCUGCGGAGAGUUCGUUCAGAGUCGGAACUUGCUCAGCACAAGGAUUCGACCCAAGACCUCAGGGCUUCUCUUGCCCAGCAUUCCAGUCCAAGCUUCGAUCAUACUGUGAUGCUCCAGAUCCUUACUGCUGCAACGGCAACAAUGCAGCCACGCACCAGGCUUACGGACAAGUGUAUGGACAGCAGGCGCUGCAAUUUGUGAAGUCAAAGUUGGGUUAGUUGCAGGAGGAUCGGCGCGCAGUUGUGAAUUUAGCCGCGAAGAAGUUGCUGGAAGUAGCUAUGGUACCUGGCAUGUGUGCUUUGAAGCGAUGGUGCAUUGCCGGCCCUGUGGCAGCAAGGAGCUUAGUCUUUGCAUGUAGAUCCUCUCAUGAUCAUGCAGAAGUCCGUCAAUGUUCUGAAAGCGCUCAAAACUUCAUGUUGUUGGUAUGCUGCGUGCUCGAAACGGGAAGAGCAGCCUUGGGGGAGUCCGUCUGCCAAGACGCCGACUCAGUCAUUCAGCUCAGCUGCUGAAGAGGCACAAGUACCCAGUCUCUCCACGAAUCCGGUACCUG